UGCAGCGGUGCCGCUGCGCUCCGGUGCGGCCAUGGCGGACCCGGCGGCGCUGCCGCAGAAGCGGUUCUACCGGCAGCGCGCGCACUCGAACCCGCUGGCGGAUCACACCCUGCGGUACCCCGCCCGCCCGCAGGACAUGGACUGGGCCGCGCUCUUCCCGGACUUCUUCCCUCCCGACGCCCCCCCGGGGCAGCCCCCGCCCCGCGUGGAGACCCUCGACGUGGGCUGCGGCUACGGGGGGCUGCUGGUGGCGCUCUCGGCGCUGUUCCCGCAGGAGCUGGCGCUGGGGCUGGAGCUGCGGCCCCGCGUGGCCGCGUUCACGGCGCAGCGGCUCCGGGCGCUGCGGGCGGGGGCUCCCCCGCGCUGCCGGAACGUGGCGUGCGUGCGGGGCAACGCCAUGAAGCACGUGCCGCACUUCUUCCGCAGGGGGCAGCUCCGCCGCAUGUUCUUCCUCUUCCCUGACCCCCACUUCAAGCGCACCAAGCACAAGUGGAGAAUCAUCAGCCCCGCGCUGCUGGCUGAGUACGGCUACGUCCUGCGCCCGGGGGGGCUGGUGUACACGGUGACGGACGUGCCUGAGCUGCACCAGUGGAUGGUGACGCACUUCAGGGAGCACCCGCUCUUCGAGGAGGUGCCACUGGGCCAGCUGGUGAGGGGCACUGGGAAU